CUUCUGCUGGUGCCGGGGACGCGGCGGCAGCGCGGGGGACGGCAGAGCUCGCCGGGCCUGCGCAGCCCACCGGGCGAGGUGGGGGAGCACCGCCCAGAAAGUGGCCCAGAAAGGAUGGUGUGGCUGAGGGGGCAGGACCUGAGCGGCUGGACAGCCGGGGUCCUCCUGCAGGUGCUUCUGACGCCAGCAUGGAGCGAGUGCCUGAGGCCUCGGCCAAGGCCCGCGGCCAGGGCCGCCCCGCCCACUGUACCCCAGGUAAGCCGGGCCAGCGCUGGGGGUUAGCGGGGCCUGGGCUACAGAGGGGCUGCCCUGACCCGCGUCUCCCCUCAGGGCGAAAGCCCCGAAAGGCCGAGUGAGCUGCAGCCUGGAGACCUCUUUUAAGAUGACCCGCACGGACCCGCCGGACCUGCUGGUGUCGACCGUGUACCAGGACAUCAAGGUGGCGGCCCCGGGGCCCGUGUCGAGGCCCCCGCCAUGUGAGCGCCCAAUGGCCCGGCCUGCUGCGCCCGCGCCUUUCAACAAGCGCCACUGCCGCAGUUUCGAUUUCCUGGAGGCACUGGACCGGGAGGCCAUGGAGGCUCGUCCGGAGCCGCCGCCUCCGGAGCCCGCCGCGCCGCGCGCCCGAUCCCGCGACGGCGAGACCCGGCGCCGCGCCCGCUCCAAGAGCGCACCCCGUGCGGCCCCGGGCCUGGCCCCCGCACCCGCCUCGCCGCCUGUGCCGCCGCGCCGAGGCCGGGAGGCCCAGCGGGCGGCGCCGGCCGACGCAUCGCCCCGCCGGGAGCCCGCGUACCCCGCGCUGCGCGCGCUCGCCAACGAGCUGCACCCCAUCAAGCUGCAGCCUCAGCGGGGCGGUCCGGGCCGCAUGGCGCCCCUGUGCGCCGCCGCCAACCGCUGUGCGCCGGCCGAGCCACCCGCGGGGCCGGCCCCCCACGUCCGCUGCCGCCUGGACGUCAAGCCCGACGACGCGGUGCUGCAGCAUGCCGCCCGGAGCUCGAGGCCCUGCGGGUCCACCGAGACCGCGCCCUGGCCCCGCGCCACCCCGCAGCUCCACGGCCUCACGGUGCCCGGACCUCGUCACGUGGGGCUUUCGCUCACCCCCACCCCUAGUGACUCAUACUGCGCCGACCCCCGGGCUCUAUACUGCGAUGGGCCCCUUCCCGGGUCCCGGGACUACGCGGAGCGCCGCAGUCUGCCCUUCACCACCCCGCCGGGCCCCACCCAAUUCUUCUACACCGAGGAACCCGAGGGCCACCCCGGUGGCUUCAUGGCCAGCCCUGGACCGCCCUUCGACAGCUACUACCCCAGGCCCUUUCUGUCCGAAGAGCCACCCGGGCCCAGUCCAAGACGCGGGGGCGUCUACUAUGCGGGGGAAGUUCGCACCUUCCCCGUCCAAGAACCACCCUCCCGUUCCUACUACGGGGAGGCCCCCCGAGCCUACGGCCCGCCCUGCGGCCCCCGCUACGCCCCCGAGGAGCCCCGGGCUCACCCCGCCGCCCGCCCCUUUUACACUGAGGACUUCGGGCGGUACCGCAAUCGAGACGCCCUGACGCGGACUUACCCACACCCGCGCGGUAGCCCGGCAUGGGGCGACUGGGGCCCGAGGCCUUACCGCACCCUGCAGGUGGCGCCUCCCCCGGACCCCGGCCCGCUGCUCGCCUCGUGGCACGGCGGCACCGGCACCAGCCCACCCCGGCUAGCGACCGACAGCCGCCACUACUCGCGCUCCUGGGACAACAUCCUGGCGCCCGCGCCGCGCCGCGAGGACCCACUGGGCCGCGGCCGUAGCUACGAGAACCUGCUGGGGCGCGAGGCACAGGAGCCGCGGGGCACAUCCCCCGAAGGCCGGCGCCCGCCCGUCAUCGUGAACCUGUCCACCUCGCCCAGACGCUACGCGGCGCUGUCGCUGUCCGAGACGUCGCUGUCGGAGAAGGGCCGUAUGGGCGAAGGCCUGGCCCGAAACUGGUACGUCACGCCGGAGAUCACCAUCACCGACAACGACCUGCGCGCGGCUGAGCGCCCGAGCGCCAGGAGCUGGGAGCUGCUGCGGAGCCGCCCGCGGCCGCCUCCGCCCGCCGCCCCCGAUGGCCCCGCCUCUGGCCGCCAGCGCAGCCUCGAACAGCUGGACGAGCUCAUCACUGACCUGGUCAUCGACUCGCGGCCUCCAGCCGGCCAAGCGCCCGAGCCCGCGUCCGACGGCCUGGGCCGCCAGCUGCGGCGCCUGCUAGACUCGCGGCCCUCGGGCGCCAGGGUCCCGACGCGGGCGCCACGCUCGCCACCCUUGUCUGCCGGCAGCGCUGAGGAGCCCGCGGGCCCGGGGCAGGCGGCCGACGCGUCCCCGGAGCCCAGCGCCGACGAGGACGACCUGAUGACGUGCUCCAACGCGCGCUGCGGGCGCACCGAGACCAUGUUCAACGCCUGCCUCUACUUCAAGUCCUGCCACAGCUGCUACACCUACUACUGCUCGCGCCUCUGCCGCCGCGAGGACUGGGACGCGCACAAGGCGCGCUGCGUGUACGGCCGCGUGGGCAGCGUGUGCCGCCACGUGUUGCAAUUCUGCCGCGACAGCGGCCCAGUGCACCGCGCCUUUUCGCGCAUCGCGCGUGUCGGCUUCUUGUCGCGCGGCCGCGGCGUGCUCUUCCUGGGCUUCCCGAGUCCCGGCUCCGCAGACAACUUCCUGCGCUUCGGCCUCGAGGGGCUGCUGCUGUCGCCCACCUACCUGUCGCUGCGCGAGCUGGCCACGCACGCGGCGCCACUGGGCAGCUAUGCUCGGGAGCUGGCAGCCGCCGGGCGCCUCUACGAGCCGGCGGAGUGCUUCCUGCUCAGCGUGUCCGUGGCCGUGGGCCCCGGCGCUGCGCCACCCGGCGCCCCUGCCCGGCCAGCUCCCGCGCCGCGCAGCGCCGGACCCACGGUGCGCAAGUUCGCCAAAGUGGCGCUGGCGGCCGGCAGCCCAGCACGGCCGCCCCCCGCGCGGGGCCGCGAACCCGACAUGGAGACCUUGAUCCUGACGCCGCCGCCCGGCACUGCGGGCCUGGACCAGGACGGCGAGGCGGGCCGGCGAGCACGCGAGGUGGCCUUCAUCCACAUCCAGCGAGAGCUGCGGCUCCGCGGCGUCUUCCUACGCCACGAGUUCCCGCGCGUCUACGAGCAGCUCUGCGAGUUCGUCGAAGCCAACCGACGCUUCACACCCACCACCAUCUACCCCACGGACCGGCGCACAGGCCGCCCCUUCAUGUGCAUGAUCAUGGCCGCCUCCGAGCCACGCGCGCUAGACUGGGUGGCCAGUGCCAACCUGUUGGAUGACAUUAUGUGAGCCGCGGGGGCGCGCCCGGGGCCCGCCCAGUCCACCCAGGGCCCACCCUGAACCCCAUCCAGUCUACCCGAGCCCUGCCCAGUCCACUCAGGCCCCGCCCCGAGUUCACCAGUCCCCGCCCAGCUCGCCAAAAGCCCCGCCCCAUUGCGUUCUCCACAGGCUCCGCCUUCCCCCCACCCCCAGACCGGUCCCGCCCGGCUCCCUCUCCUCCCCCAGCUCGCCCUCGGGCCUCCCCAGGGGCCGGUCCUCGGCCGCUUGGUGCUCCCCGCUGGGAGGCGGGGUGGGUCUGAGGACAAGCCCGCCCUGCCUUUACGCGGAGGGGUCACCGCUGCAGAUCCCACCGCGCAUAUCCGGUUCGUCCGACCCCUGUCCGUCUGCGGGGCCUCCCUGGAACCUCUCCAACCCCGGCUCGCCCUCGUCCAGGAGCCCGAGUCGACCAAAGCCUAGUCCCGUCCCUUUAAACACACUCCCCACCCGCCUCCUGUGGUCUGGGAUGCGUCCUGCUCAGACGCCUUUCCCCUCUAGAGGACACCCUGAUUGGCCUCGGUGUCUCCGCAUCCCAAGCACGUCCUGGCCUCAUGGGCAGGGCCAGCGGGGACCUGCGCGUGGCGGCUCCGCUGACCCCCACCCCUGUUGUGCCAGACCAUGGCAAACUGACGGCGCUGCCCGCCCUGCUGCAGGGGUUGGGCAAGCAGCAGUGAAGGGGUACUCGGGGGUCCUCAGCCAAGACACCCAGCCACAGGGAAGGGAGUCCUGGGCGGGGGAAGCAGAGGGGACUACGGGUAGGGGCGCUAGCCAGACCUGAGACCUGGCUGGGCGUGAGUCGGGCCGCCUGCCGUCACCCGACAGGAUGGCCCUAGGCGUGUGCCAGGGCAGACCCGGGGUGCAAACGGCAGCGCAGGCCCUAACCACACAGGGAGGCAGGAAGCAGGCAUACAGGGAGGCAGGAAGCAGGUGCACAGGAUGGAUUUCAGGGAGGGGCCGAGGAGGCCGUCCAGCAGGGACCCUAUCCCUUGGCGCAGGGAGGACCAAAGAAGAGGGGCGUUCCCAGUUUGGAGCAGGGCGGGGAAAGCGUGGAUGGGAGCAGGUUCGCCGGGGCGGUGGUCCACCGAGGGGUGGGGGCGCGAUUAAACAAACGCCCCCGAGCGCUCGCUCUAGCCGUGCCCUGUGGUGCGGCCAGGGGGCCCGGCUCCGGCCCUCGGGAGCGCACGCUCGAGUGUCCGUCGUUCCCCGCCCUCCCCGGGGUGCCCGCUGGCCCUGGCCCGGGCUCCAAGGAUGGCGAGUGACCUGGAGAGGGGGCGAGACCGGGAGCCCGGGAGGGCCCUCCUGUAGCCCCCAGUCCCCCAUUGGUGCUAGGUGGGGCAUCGAUUGAGUUAAAUUGUGGACCUCCCCCCCCAACCCCCGCCUCUGUUCCCAGCCCUCGCCCCUGACCGUGCACCCGCGCCCAUCUCCCCUCAUUCCUCCCUCCCCUAAAUGCCUGUGCGCCUGCCUCGGCUCCGCGCAUUUGCACCGGCCACGCGCCCCGCUUGCCCCACCCGCCUUCGCAGCCUCCCAAACUGGCCGCCGCGCCCCCCGCCUGGGUGCCUCCGCCUUCUGCCCCACGCCUGAGGGCCGGCCCUCCAGGAAGGACCCUGGACCGGGAUUAUUUCCAGAGGGCGAGCGCUUUCGA